AUAAAUAUGAUGUGAUCUAUAAUGUAACAAGUGUAUAUUUUAGUAAUAAUGAAGACUCAAAAUGUGAAAUUAAUAAAAAGUACUGCAAUGUACCUGAUGAUGAAAAGAGAACGAUAGACAACCAUCGGUGGGAUGAAUCGGAGAUUAAGAUUGAUCAAAUAUUGCUGACCUUGAGGAACGAUAUUGACAGUGGAA